CGGUGGUUGGGGCCGGGAUUGGCGGCUCUGCUGUGGCCCACUUCCUGCAGCAGCACUUUGGACCCCAGGUGCAGAUCGAUGUGUACGAGAAGGGAACUGUGGGCGGCCGCCUGGCCACCAUCUCCGUCAACAGACAGCACUACGAGAGCGGGGCGGCCUCCUUCCACUCCCUGAGCCUGCACAUGCAAGACUUCGUCAAGCUGCUAGGACUGAGGCACCGGCGAGAGGUCGUGGGCAGGAGCGCCAUCUUCAGCGGGGAACAUUUCGUACUGGAGGAGACCGACUGGUACCUGCUGAACCUCUUCCGCCUCUGGUGGCACUAUGGCAUCAGCUUCCUGAGGCUGCAGAUGUGGGUGGAGGAGGUCAUGGAGAAGUUCAUGAGGAUCUACAAGUACCAAGCCCACGGUUACGCCUUCUCGGGUGUGGAGGAGCUUCUCUACUCACUGGGAGAGUCUGCCUUUGUCAACAUGACCCAGCGCUCCGUGGCCGAGUCCCUGCUCCAGGUCGGCGUUACACAGCGCUUUAUCGAUGAUGUCGUCUCCGCUGUCCUGAGGGCCAGCUACGGCCAGUCAGCAGCGAUGCCCGCCUUUGCCGGAGCCAUGUCUCUGGCCGGGGCCCAAGGCAGCCUGUGGUCAGUGGAAGGGGGCAACAAGCUGGUGUGUUCCGGUUUGCUGAAGCUCACCAAGGCCAAUGUGAUCCAUGCCACAGUGACCUCUGUGACCUUGCACAGCACAGAAGGAAAACCCCUGUACCAAGUGGGGUAUGAGAGUGAGGUGGGCAGCGGCUCUGACUUCUAUGACAUCGUGGUCAUCGCCACUCCCCUGCACCUGGACAGCAGCAGCAGCAACUUCACCUUUGAAGGUUUCACCCCACCCAUUGAUGAUGUCCAGGGCUCUUUCCAGCCCACCGUUGUCUCCCUGGUCCACGGAUAUCUCAACUCUUCCUACUUCGGCUUCCCAGACCCUAAGCUUUUCCCUUUCGCCAACAUCCUUACCACAGAUUUCCCCAGCUUCUUCUGCACUCUGGACAACAUCUGCCCUGUCAACAUCUCUGCCAGCUUCCGGCGGAAGCAGCCUCAGGAAGCAGCUGUUUGGCGAGUCCAGUCCUCCAGGCCCCUCUAUCGGGCCCAGCUGAAGACCCUCUUCCGUUCCUAUUACUCAGUGCAGACAGCCGAGUGGCAGGCCCACCCCCUGUACGGCUCCCGCACUGCCCUCCCGAGGUUCGCGCUCCAUGAUCAACUUUUCUACCUCAACGCCUUGGAGUGGGCAGCUAGCUCCGUGGAGGUGAUGGCUGUAGCUGCCAAGAAUGUAGCCCUUCUGGCUUACAACCGCUGGUACCAGGACCUGGACAAAAUUGACCAAAAGGAUUUAAUGCACAAGGUUAAGACCGAACUGUGAAAGCUCCAGACAGAACCCAGGAACUUCUGCCCCACGCUGAAGAUGGAUCACAAUCCCAGCAGCCCAGGGCUGGCUGAGCCACUCUUUCUCACCCAUGUGUACCCAGCAUCUUGCUCUCCACAGGGGGUCCAGGUGAUCCCCUAACCUGCCUGUCUACCUUAAGGAUCCUUACAGUGGUUACUUCUUUAAGGUAGACAGUAAGAAAAGGGAAGGAAAUCCAAGCCAGUGCGUUUGUUUAUUUAUUUUUUUUUUAAGAAAUAAAAAUCCAUCUUC